AUGAGCAAAACUUAUGGACAGAAACCGAAAAGUUUCCCAUUGGAGGAUGGUGUGCGUUAUUAUAUUGGAGCUGAAGUUGGACAAUACUUAAAAUAUGCCCGUGGACACCUCUACAAACGUUAUCCCCAACUUUACAAGCGAAUCGCGACUUCAGAUGAAAAGAAAACGAUCCAAACAUUGGGCUUGUCCAAUGCCUACAUGCAUUCUACAAUAAUGUUGCUGAAGGAGAGUGAAGUCGACGAUAUUUUUGAAGGACAAGAAGAGAAAUACCGAGCUUCUACUACUGGCGGUGAGAAUUUGCUUUAUUUUUUCUGUUUUAGGUGUUAAAACGGGCAAAAUAUGUUGACGUAGAUAUCAAAUUUUGAUUUUUCAGGUCAGCCAAAGAGUGAGAGCCGUUCCACAGCUAAAACUCAGCCAAAUUGGGCUUCAAGUCAAGUGAUUAGUGGCUCGCAUCAUCUAGAAUCAGUACCAUGCUCUACGCCUAGUGGACACAAGAAAGGGCGAAUGACUAAUAGACAGUUUUGUUGUCCUCCAGAUGAUGAUGAUGCUUAUCGGAGAGCGCUGGAUAAUGCUGACCAACCUGUAGAACUUGUGCCUAUACGUUUGGACAUGGAAUUGGACAACAUCAAGCUACGUGAUACAUUUGUCUUUAACAAAGUAAGAGGUUUUUUCUUAUUUUAUCUAUGGUUUAGGUAGUGGUUGAGCAAAAACUUCCAUUUAUGUUCUUUUUGAGAAAAUCACUUCAAAUUUUCGAUAUUUUAAGACUUUUAAAACUCUAAAUCAUCUAUUUUUCAGCACGAAAAGCUAAUUACGCCAGAGAUGGUGGCAGAAGCCAUCUGUGAAGAUCUCGAACUACCAGUUCAUACCUUUUUGCCAGCUAUUGCUCAGUCAAUCGUACAACAAGUGGAAUCUCACACGGAAAUGCCGACCGAAUCAACAGGGACAGAUCAACGAGUUGUGAUCAAACUCAACAUUCAUGUUGGUAACCAAUCUUUGGUGGACCAGUUUGAAUGGGACAUCUCUGAUAAAUCUAACUGCCCUGAGGAGUUCGCUGUCAAAUUGUGCUCGGAUUUGGGCUUGGGAGGAGAAUUUGUCAGUGCUGUUGCUUAUUCUAUUCGAGGUAAGUCGAAAAUUUUAAUUUUAGUUUUUAAAAAGUGAAAAACAGGACUGUUUCACUAAAAAUCAGUUGAAAAAGAUAAUUUUCCCCUCAUUUCAGGCCAAAUCGCAUGGAACUUGAAGACAUACGCCUUCAGUGAAUCCCCACUGCCAGUAGUGACAUGCCCAUACCGGUCAGCUUCAGACGCCGAACAUUGGGGACCAUUCCUCGAGACUCUAACCGACGCAGAAAUCGAAAAGAAGAUGCGCGAUCAAGACCGUAACACAAGAAGAAUGCGACGUUUGGUCAACUCUAACCCGUACGGAAUGUGA